CUCUCUCUCUCUCUUAUCCGCCAAAGUCCAAACGAUAUUUCAAGCAUCUUUCGAGAUAUAUGUUUCUCCAACCAGAACACCAAACUGAACCAAGCCAUGGCAUGUUCUCUAAUCCCCAUCUCUGCACUUAAUUUCACUAACCCAUUACUGCCCAAAAGGUCUUCUUCGCCCUCCAUGUUAAACCCGAGAGCCAUGGCCAAAGAGCUUUACUUCAAUCACGAUGGUUCGACCACUAAGAAGCUUCAGGCAGGGGUGGACAUGGUGGCCGAGCUGGUUGGGGUGACUUUGGGUCCAAAAGGAAGGAAUGUGGUAUUGCAGAACAAGUAUGGACCCCCAAAAAUUGUAAACGACGGCGAAACUGUUCUCAAAGAGAUUGAAUUGGAGGACCCUUUGGAGAAUGUGGGAGUUAAAUUGGUGAGACAGGCUGGUGCCAAAACAAAUGACCUUGCUGGCGACGGUUCCACUACUUCAAUCAUUCUUGCUCAGGGUCUAAUUGCUGAGGGUGUGAAGAUUAUUGCCGCUGGUAGGAAUCCUGUUCAAAUUGCUCGUGGGAUUGAGAAGACUGCAAAGGCCCUUGUGUCUGAACUCAAAUUAAUGUCCAGAGAGGUUGAAGAUCAUGAGCUUGUAGAUGUUGCUGCAGUUAGUGCAGGGAAUGAUUAUACGGUGGGAAACAUGAUUGCUGAUGCUCUUCGUCAAGUGGGAAGGAAGGGUGUAGUGACAAUUGAAAAAGGGAAGUGUACCGAGAACAGUCUACAGAUUGUAGAAGGAAUGCAAUUUGAUCGUGGAUAUUUGUCUCCUUACUUUGUAACUGAUCGACAAAAGAUGACAAUUGAGUUCCAUAAUUGCAAGUUACUUUUGGUUGACAAGAAAAUCACAAACCCAAAGGAGAUGUUUAAAAUAUUGGACAGUGCAGUUAAAGAGAAGUAUCCCAUUGUGAUAGUUGCAGAGGGUAUUGAGCAGGAAGCUCUGGCUCCAGUAAUUAGAAAUAAACUGAGGGGUGUGCUGAAGGCAGCUGCUAUCAAGGCUCCUGCCUUUGGUGAGCGUAAGAGCCACUACUUAGAUGACAUCGCCAUCUUGACUGGAGGCACUGUAAUCAGAGAUGAGAUGGGGUUGAGCCUCGAAAAGGCUGGCAAGGAGGUGUUGGGCUCGGCUAUAAAGGUUGUGAUAACCAAGGAUUCAACAUUAAUAGUUACGGAUGGGAGCACUUGCAAAGCUGUUGAAGAGAGGGUUUCUCAAAUCCGGAGGCUUGUUGAGAACACUGAAGAAAAUUUUCAAAAAAAGAUACUGAAUGAAAGAAUAGCUAGGCUGUCAGCGGGAAUUGCCAUUCUUCAGGUAGGAGCACAAACACAAGUUGAGUUGAAGGAUAAACAACUCAGAAUUGAAGAUGCUUUGAAUGCAACAAAGGCAGCAAUUGAGGAAGGUGUUGUAGUUGGAGGGGGCUGUACCCUUUUGAGGCUAUCUACAACGAUAGAUGGUAUCAAACGAGUCCUGGACAAUGAAGAACAGAAGAUUGGAGCUGAGAUCUUCAAAAGAGCUUUGAGAUAUCCUGCGAGACUGAUAGCCAAAAAUGCAGGUGUAAAUGGCAAUGUGGUUAUUGAAAAGGUUCUUUCUAAUGAUAAUAUUAAUUAUGGAUACAAUGCUGCAAGAGACCGUUAUGAGGAUUUGAUGAAGGCUGGAAUCAUGGAUCCAUCAAAGGUAGUUAGAUGUUGUUUGGAGAAUGCAGCAUCUGUCGCCAAGACUUUUCUGACAUCUGAUGCUGUUGUAAUUGACAUUAAGGAAGUAGAGUCCAUCAGAAGGAGACCACCAAUGCCAACCUCAGGUAUCAGCCCAAUUGGCGUUUAGUUUGGCGGAUGGACUUGUACACCAAUUCAACUCUUAAACCCUGCUUUCAUCCACCCUUUCAAACAUUAAAGGGCUCUUACAGAAGUUACCAAGUAAACAAGGGUCACCUAAAAUGACCAAGUUUACUUAUACAAUGGUGCUGAUGUUGACUACGAGACUUGCCAGUGUAGCUGCUUACAAUUCAGUUCCUUCAUCACAAGCGGAUAUUUCUAAUAAUAAAACAAGGAUAUCUUCUGCAAAUUUGCAGGGGAAGAUAAAUGCUACUCUGAAUAGGGAAUCCAACAAGAUAAGGUAGUUGCCGAGUUUA